GAGAGACCCGGACCGUGUAAAGAGGGAUAUGUGUACAUCCCUGUGGCUUUCGUCAUCAUGCUGUACCUGGUCUACCUGGUGGAGUGUUGGCACUCACAUACGAGGCUGGAGCUUAGAUAUAAGGUGGGUAGGACAAGUACAAGACUGGAGCUUACAUAUGAGAUGGGUAGGACAGGUACAAGACUGGAGCUUAGAUUUAAGGUGGGUAUGACAGAUACAAGGCUGCCUCUCAGAUAUGAGGUGGGUAGGACAGAUACAAUUCACCAAAAACGGGGGAUUUGUAAGCUUUCAACUCAUAACGCAUAAAGAUCUGGUCGUCCACUGCAGGAGAGACCGACCGAAUUUCGGCUUCGGCUUUGGUUUCGGCGCCGAAAGUGACCAUUUGAUCACUUUAGGCCUUAUUUCGGUUUCGGCUGAAACCAAAACGUUAAAUUUCGGUUUAAUUUCGGCUUCGGCCGAAACUGAAAUGUUAACUUUCGGUUUAAUUUGAGUUUCGGCCGAAAGUUAUUUGUACAUUUCGGCCUGGUUUCGGUUUCGGCCGAAAUCAGAAGAUCACUUUCGGUCGGUCUCCACGCUGCAGCCUUGCCUAUCUCCUAGUCGUCUUGACCGAGUCUUCUCCUUGGAUCAAAAAAAUAAGUGACGAAAGAUCGAGGUACACAGCGCAACUUCCCAUCAAUUUAAAACAAACUACAGCACAAGGUCAAGGCUAAUAUUCAACUCGAAUAUAGCUUUGAUCAUCCUCGCAUGCGAAAGACAAACAAUUUUUUUUUUUUAAAUAUAGCUGUAGAGACACUACGAUUCUUAUCAAGACCUCUCGCAUGUUGAGUAUGUACUUACGAACAAGCCUCGGGGAUCUCGUUACGGCCUCAGGUUAAGAUCGAUACGAAAUGCCAAGCGCUCAGUAAAAACUGUUUGCACAACAUAAAGAAAAUAAACUUGAUUUUUAAAAAAAAUGGUAAUGGCCCAUCCGGUAACUUUAUUAUUUCAUCGUUUGGGGAAAUCGAUCGAUCGUCAUUCAUUCUGUGCUCGUGUGAUUCGAUUCGGGGCCCAUCCGUCUUCUCCUACAUUGUUCUACACCAGACUAAUUGAUGUGGGAGGCAGGCACCGUAAUCCAUCGGAACAGAUGGUGGUAGAAGAACAAACAAAGAACGGGCUUGGCUGGGGUUAAGUGUGGGGGAGGGGAGGGUGGCUGGAUUGGGGGGUGGCAUCCAAACAUACAAACUAACUCACACAAACAUACUCGCUUACCUUCUGAUAUUUAUGGGUAUGUCUACAUUGGUCUCCCUUUGUGACAUCGCUACAUCAUUAGCAUUCAAUCCUCCCCCAGUGUGACAUUACUACAGUCUACAACACCAUCUACAAGAUGCAGAGCGCCCUGCCUGUCAUAUGGUGGAAGGCCACCUGCUACCAUUACGUGAGAAGAACACGCCACGUCAUGAGGUAUCGCAAUGGAGACGCCUUUACAUCGACUCAGGUAACCUACUUGUUUUACGUGAUAGAUUAUAGCCUUUACCUCUGCUCAGGUAACCCACCUGUUUUACCUGUUUGAUUAUAGCCUUUACCUCUGCUCAGGUAACCCACGUGUUUUACCUGUUUGAUUAUAGCCUUUACCUUUGCUCAGGUAACCCACGUGUUUUACCUGUUUGAUUAUAGCCUUUACCUCUGCUCAGGUAACCCACCUGUUUUACCUGUUUGAUUAUAGCCUUUACCUCUGCUCAGGUAACCCACGUGUUUUACCUGUUUGAUUAUAGCCUUUACCUCUGCUCAGGUAACCCACGUGUUUUACCUGUUUGAUUAUAGCCUUUACCUCUACUCAGGUAACCUACUUGUUUUACACGUUUGAUUAUAGCCUUUACCUCUACUCAGGUAACCCACCGGUUUUACGUGUUUGAUUAUAGCCUUUACCUCUACUCAGGUAACACACCUGUUUUACGUGUUUGAUUACAACGGAUGUUAUUGUGUGUGUGUUAAACUAAAUUAAUUUUCAUUUAAAAUAAACAGUCGGAUUAGGGUACAGCUUAGGUUUAGAGAUACAAUGAGGGUUCAGCUUAGGUUAGGAAUGCAAUGAGGGUUCAGGUUAGGUUUAGAGAAACAAGGGGGGUUCAUCUUAGGUUUAGAGAAACAAUGAGGGUUCAUCUUAGGUUUAGAGAUACAAUGGGGGUUCAGCUUAGGUUUAGAGAUACAAUGAGGGAUCAGCUUAGUUUUAGAAAUACAAUGAGGGUUCAGCUUAUGUUUAGAAAUACAAUGAGGGUUCAGCUUAGGUUUAGAGAUACAAUGAGGGUUCGGGUUAGGUUUAGAGAUACAAUUAGGGUUCAGGUUAGGUUUAGGGAUAGAUGCUGUCCACAGGAAACAUUAUGUAUAGGCUGAAUUGUUGAAUUUUCGCAUUUUACAACAAAGUUUUACACAAAAAAUAGUUUAUAAAAAAUAAAUCAUAAAAAGAAGUUUUAUAUACCAUUGCUCUUUAACCCCCCCCCCCACCCCAUAGAACUAAAUAUAACAAAAAAAUAUCCCCACCCACCUUUUGUUAGUGUUAUAUAAUAUGUUCACCGUCCUUAUCUCAACUCAUAAUACAUUAACCGUAAAUGAAUUAAUGAUCACCGAGUUACAUUUUACUUGCUUAAGAUCAACAUUGAAUUAAUGGCAGACACAAAUGUAAGUAGUGUGACAACCGACUCGCGCUGCCCUACAUUAAAAAUGAGGUAAUUUUCUUUUGAAGUUUCAAAACGUCACCAACCGAUUCUGUUACAUACGUAAAAAUUGUAGUCUAGAUGUUGAGACUUUGCAAGAGCAGAUAGAAAGUAGCGCAUCUGGCUUACAUUGUUAUGCCGGUAACACCGGGUCAAUUUUUGUAGACUAGUUCUUUAAAAAAAAAAACUUACAUGAACGGGAACUAUUCCAAUGAAUUGUGUUUGGUUUCACCAGAACAUAAUUAUAAAUUUGUAUUGCUUCUAAUACUCUGAGAAAGUUAUGGCAUUUGUGUGAGAACCAUUGAUAGGAAAAAAAUAUUUAUUAAUGCUAGCACAAGCAGAGGCUCACUGUCAUGGGCGCCCGCAAAGGGGGGGGGGGGGGGGGGGGGGACAAAGGAGGCACUUGCCCCCCCCCCCCUUUUGGUUGGGUUAAAAAAAAAAUAACAAAAAAAAAAAAAAAAACCCCCCCUUAUUGAUUGGAUUAAAAAAAAAUUCGACAAAAAUAACAAAAAAUGUAUUAAAGUAAAGAGAGAAUAAAGAGAAAGUAACUAAGCUGAUGUCCUGUCCGUUCGUUCACCAUACAAAUACUCUACAGUAAAUUAAACCACAUUAAAACUUUACUAAAAAUUGUUUGCCCCCUCCUAGAAAGUUAAUCGAUUUUUUUUGCCCCCCCCCCCUAGAAAGUUUUCAUGCUCACUAUAUAUUUUUUCAAAAACAUUGAUUAAUUUUUUAAAAACUAUUUUAAAAAAUAAUUUAACUGACAGUCAAAUGUAAUAAGUAAUAUGCAUGCUUUUUAAUGUAUUAGUAAUUACGAGAAGGAAUUCCUUGAAUUCUCUAUAAUAUUUUUUUGCAAAAUUAUAGUUGAAAGGAGAGGGGGUUUUCGUUACACUGUGAGAACCAGUCCCGCGAAAGUGGAGACAAGCACCCCCAUUCGUUGCCGUUGAAUUUAUUUUACCAUUAAAAACGUCCAAGUUAAAGAAACUAUCUUGAUAAAUAUUUUACAUCUAAAAAUAUACAAUGCCACUACUGAAUGUUAAAAAAAAACACAUAAGUUUUAACUUUAACUUUAAUAACUAGCGAUAUCACAGCAGUAGAAAAUUAUAACUUGACUUUUCUUUUCCUGGUCAAGAAACAGAAAGUUAAAGCAGUUUGAAAUCAAGUAUUUGCAGACAUACCUUGUAUUUGUGCAUUGAACUCGGCAUUUUGUUCCUGGUCUUUAAUAUUUAAGUGAUAGGUCAACAAGCCCACGAAACAACCAACCUACAACACAAUCAAUCUACAACACAACAAACCUACAACACAACCAACCUACAACUCAACCAAUCCACAACACAACCAACCUACAACGCAACCAACCUACAACACAACCAACCUACAACACAACCAACCUACAACCCAACCAGCCUACAACACAACCAACCUACAACACAACCAACAUACAACACAACCUACCUACAACACAACCAACCUACAACACAACCUACCCCGUUCUCUCCUACUUUAUUCCGUAACUGUGGGUGAAAACCAAUGCUAAAUAUCUAUUAACCAGUAUCCACAUAAAUAACCUCUAUCCAAAGGUCUAUACCAAUUUACCAUAUUUCCAUAUCAAAUACCUAUUGACCACCAUCCCCAAAUCUAAUAUAUUUACCUCUAGCCCUAUAUAUAUAUUAUCUAAUUACUGUUACCCAAAGGUUUAAAUAUUUAUCUUUCACCAUCCCCAGGUCUACUAUGAGCGAGUCGACUCCAAGACUGCGGGAGCUGCGUUCAAUUAUACUCAGUGCGGGGUCAAGGACAUCUCGCGACCUCUGUCAGAGCUCGAGAAAUUCCCCGCGAUCAAGAUCAAAGUCAGCAAGGGCUUCUCGUUCGCCAACCUAGACACCGAGUUCGAAUUUGAGGAGCAGAGGGCACAGUUCUUCCAGGAGUACGAGACGAAGGACGACUACAUGGAGGGUCGCGAGGGCAUGGAUCUGAUCAACGUGGACUUCAAGGAAUACAUGAUCGCGUUCCGAGAUCCAAAUAACUUGCCGUGGUACGUGUCCCACGUCGUCUUCUGGAUCGCCUCGCUCGUGCUCCUGUCGUGGCCGCUGCGGGCGGUCAUCGAGUACAAGACCGCUCACCUCCACUACCACAUCCACAAACUGUUCGGCUCGAACUACCUGGAAGGGGAGAACUACCCGAACUUGAUGAGCCGGGUCAACACGAUGAACAGCGAGGACCUCGAGAUGAGCAUCAGGAACAACAACGUCAUCGUCCCCAGCUACUCGGAGGCCAUGUUGGCAGAC